AUGCCACCCUCAUCACAACCACAAUCACAAUCCCAAUCCCAAUCCCCGCCCUCGUCUUCUCAGCAUCUUAAACGAAAGCAGCCGUCCAUCUCGAGCUUCUUUACUAAGAAACCGCAAUCGUCGCAAACGGGGUCGCAAUCGCAGUCGCAAUCGAAAACGCAAGUAGCAUCGCAGGGCCAGGAAAAUGGAUCUACACAGAGACCAGUGAAGAGUGUUGUGUCGGGGGAGAAUAAAAUUGAGGAGGCUGUGGCUGUGCCGAAGAAGGGUGACUUCGCGGGUGAGGCUGGAAUUGGGGGGGAGGAGGAUGAUGAUGAUGAGGAUGUGGUGAGACCUGCCGCGAAGAGAGCAAGGAUGAAUGCAAAUGGACAGCGGGCGCAGAAUGGGAUAUCGGGUUCGAGUCCUAGUCGACCAUCGCCGGAUGACCGCCCACCGCAAUCCCAAUUGCAAUCGCAACCACAAUCACAACCGCAAUUAAAUAGCAGCCAGCGAACAGAGCUGUUCAAAUUCGCCAGUUCGCCUGCCAACGGCGGAGACGGGCUGGAAGCGGGAGACGAGUCGGAAAGACGCCAACGGCAGAAAGAACGUGAGAAGCUACAUAAACAGUUCGUGCGCCGACUCGGCGGCGCAGACUGCGUUAUUGGAAUCGGCAGCCGCAGCGCGACGAAUGACGCCUCCGUCGGCGGGGAGGACGCCGAAGAAGCUGACGAGGAUGAUGAACCACAGCGCCCUGUCAAGAAAGGAACGGCGGCUGGUAAAGCGGGGAGCAAGCUGACGCCGCUGGAGAAGCAGAUUAUCGAGUUCAAGCGGGGCCAUAUGGAUGCCGUUUUGGCAGUGCAGGUGGGGUAUAAGUUCCGGUUUUUUGGAGACGAUGCGAGGGUUGCGGCGAGGGAGUUGGGGAUUGUUUGUAUUCCGGGGAAAAUGAGGUUUGAUGAACAUCCGUCAGAAGCGCAUCUUAGUCGGUUCGCGUCGGCGAGCAUCCCCAUUCAACGACUGCACGUUCAUGUGAAACGGCUGGUCACGGCCGGGCACAAAGUCGGCAUCGUGAGACAGAUCGAGACAGCAGCGCUCAAAGCAGCCGGCGACAACCGGAACGCGCCGUUCGGGCGCAAGCUCACGAACCUGUACACGAAAGCGACAUAUGUGGACGACAUGGAAGGGCUGGAGGGCCCUGUGCCGGCUACAUCUGGCGGCGUAUCCCCCGCGACGGGCUACAUGCUUUGCAUCUCCGAGUCCAACGCGCGGGGCUGGGGCAACGACGAGAAGGUCCAUGUUGGCAUCGUGGCUGUCCAGCCUACGACAGGAGACGUGGUGUACGAUGAUUUCGAAGACGGGUUUAUGCGCAGCGAGAUCGAGACCCGAUUGCUGCAUAUUGCGCCCUGUGAGCUGGUCAUCGUCGGGGAAUUGUCCGGUGCGACCGAGAAACUCGUCCAGCACCUAUCAGGCAGCAAGUCGCACAUACUGGGCGACAAUAUCCGCGUCGCGAGAGCACCCAAGUCGAAGACCGCAGCGGCCGAAGCACACAGUCAUAUAUCGAGCUUCUACGCAGACAAGAUGAAAGCAGAUAAAGGCGCCGGAGACGCGCACAGCGCCGAUCUUCUGCAGAAGGUGCUGAAUCUGCCCGAGCUAGUAACCGUGUGUCUAUCCGCGAUGAUAAAGCACAUGGAGGAGUACGGGCUGGAGCAUGUAUUUGAUUUGACCAAGUAUUUCCAGCACUUCUCGUCGAGGACGCACAUGCUGCUAAACGGCAACACGCUCAUGAGUCUCGAGAUCUACCACAACCAGACAGACCACACCACGAAAGGAAGCCUGUUCUGGACGCUGGACCGCACGCGCACGCGGUUUGGGCAGCGCAUGCUGCGCAAGUGGGUUGGGCGGCCGUUGCUGGAUAAGACAAAGUUGGAGGAGAGGGUUAAUGCCGUGAGCGAGCUUAAGGAUUCGAAGAAUAGUACUAUGGUUGAGCGGUUGAGGGGGCUGAUUGGGAGGAUUAGGACAGAUUUGGAGAAGUCCCUGAUUCGGAUAUAUUACGGGAAGUGCACGCGGCCGGAACUCUUGACGCUUCUGCAGACGCUGCAGAUGAUCGCGCAGGAGUUUUCCGACGUGAAGACUCCUGGAGAUAGCGGGUUUACGUCGCCGACAUUGACUGAAGCGAUUGCUUCGUUGCCGACUAUUUUGAAGGAGGUAGUCUCGUUCUUGGAGCGGAUAAACCUGCACGCGGCCAGAAAUGACGAUAAAUACGAGUUCUUCCGGGAAUCAGAGGAAACGGAGGAGAUCAGCGAGCAGAAGCUGGGCAUUGGCAGCGUGGAGCACGAGCUACAGGAGCAUCGCGCGGACGCAGGCAAAGCCCUCGGGCGCAAGGUCGUCUACGCCACGGUUUCCGGCAUUGACCAUCUCAUCGAGGUCGAGAACAGCGGAGCGGCAAUCAAACGGGUGCCUGCCUCGUGGGUGAAAAUCAACGGCACCAAGAAGGUGUCACGAUUCCACACCCCCGAAGUCAUCCAGAUGCUGCGACAGCGAGACCAGCAUAAAGAGGCCCUAGCAGCCGCCUGCGACCAGGCCUUCGCGGAUCUCCUGGCCGAGAUAUCAACGAACUACCAAGGAUUCCGCGACUGCGUGCUCUCCCUCGCCACCCUCGACUGUCUCCUCUCGCUAGCUACAAUCGCCGAGCAGCCCGGCUACGUGAAACCCGAAUACACAGACCACACGUGCAUCAACGUGGAACAAGGCCGCCACCCAAUGGUCGAGCAGCUCCUCUUCGACAGCUACGUCCCCAACGACAUCUCCCUCGACACGGACCAAACCCGCGCCCUCCUCGUAACAGGCCCCAACAUGGGCGGCAAGUCCAGCUACGUGCGGCAAAUCGCCCUCAUCGCCAUAAUGGGCCAAAUCGGCUCCUAUGUGCCCGCGCAGUCCGCCAAACUAGGCAUGCUCGACGCAGUCUUCACGCGCAUGGGCGCCUUCGACAACAUGCUCGCCGGCGAAUCCACCUUCAUGGUCGAGCUCUCCGAAACGGCCGACAUCCUCAAGCAAGCCACCCCGCGCUCGCUCGUCAUCCUCGACGAAUUAGGCAGAGGGACAUCCACCCACGACGGCGUGGCCAUCGCGCAAGCCGUGCUCGACUACAUCGUGCGAACGCUUCGCAGCCUCACCCUCUUCAUAACGCACUACCAACACCUGUCAUCCAUGGUGCACAAUUUCCCUGACAACGAGCUCCGCAACGUACACAUGCGGUUCACGGAGUCCGGGACGGAGGAAUCAGACGAGAACAUCACGUUCCUGUAUGAGGUGGGCGAGGGCGUCGCGCACCGCAGUUACGGGCUUAAUGUGGCGCGGUUGGCGAAUUUGCCGGGCUCGUUGAUCGAGUUGGCGAAGGUGAAGAGCGCGGAGUUGGAGGCGAGUAUUCGGAGGAGGAGGUUGGUGGGGCUUGUUGAGGCUGUUGGGGGGGUUGUUGGGGGUGAGGGCCGUCUCCAACAAUCCACCCUGGACCUUCUCGCCGGCUGCGACAUCCAAUUUCGCCGCGAGACGCGCCUCGACAUCGCCCUGGUCAAGAACCUGCCCAUCGCACUCAUCUUCCUCCCCGCCGCAGACAUCCCGACCUUCGUCGGCGAAGGCCGCGUCGAUCUGGGCAUCACGGGCCGCGACCAGGUCGCCGAGCACGAUGCGCAGCUGCCUGCGGACUCUACCUCCAAUGUCGAGGAGAUCAUGGACCUUGGCUUCGGCGGCUGCAAGCUGCAGGUGCAGGUGCCGGUGAAGGGCGACAUCACGGAGGCGAAGCAGCUGGUUGGCCGGAAUAUCGUGACUAGCUUUACGGGUCUGACGGGUGCUUUCUUCUCCAAGCUGGAGGGUGUGAGCGAUGUGAGCGACCUUCGCACUGAUAUCAAGUAUGUUGGUGGGAGUGUGGAGGCUGCUUGUGCGCUGGGUGUGGCCGAUGGUAUUGUUGAUCUUGUCGAAUCCGGCGAGACGAUGAAAGCAGCGGGCCUCAAAGCCAUCGACACCGUCGUCGAAAGCACCUCCGUCCUCGUCAAGUCCAAGAACACCAAGAACCCCCUCGUGGACCUGAUCACCUCCCGUAUCAACGGUGUCAUCACCGCCCAAAAAUACGUCCUCUGCCAAUACAACAUCCCCCGCGCCGAGCUAGCCACCGCAUCCAACAUCACCCCCGGCAAGCGCGCCCCCACAGUGACCGCCCUCGAAGAAGACGGCUGGGUCGCCGUCAGCUCCAUGGUCGAGAAGAAGAAGGUCGCGACCGUCAUGGACGAGCUGACCAAGGUCGGGGCGUCGGAUAUUUUGGUGCUCACUAUUGCCAAUUCGCGGACUGGAUAG